AUGGCAAUCCCGCUGCUGUUGGCGCUGUCUAUCUGUCCGGCGAUGCUCGGAGCCCAAGAAGGGAUACGGCAGAGCCAGUCCCAGAAUAGGCGUGAGGAGCAUCGGUCGCGUCGCUGUAAUCUGAUGGUGUCCUGUAUCAAACCAUCAGUUCGAAAGCGUGAAAUAGAUGGCACAUUGAUCGUGCUUAAAGACGCCAAGGUAAUGAUCGACUCAUCUUCCCCAUCUCAAACGUUCGAUGUAGCUAAGCUUCUUGUUGGUCAGCUCUAUCUUGCCACACAUAAUCCCUCCAGUAAUAACGCAGUGGGACAUUUGUUCGCGGGCUACUACUUGCCAUACCCAGACUCGGCAUACGAAGGGCUAGUCAGUACUAUUAGCAACGAUCCACCGAUGCUCAAUUGGAUAUACGUGGACAAGAAUACACACGAAGUUAAAUACGGCGAGCGAUCUGCGGCGCAAGGACACAUCACAGGUCCCUUCGACUGCACUCGUCAAGACCGGCGACUGACACUAGAGGGAUGGGAGGGCUUCGCUGCCGUGGAGGAGUCCCCGGGGAUCUGGGCUUUAUAUUUCGACCGCGAUGACGACGGGCUCAUUACCAAGGUACCUGUAGGCACACGGGUCCUGGAAGUGGAACUGUACAGACGGGAGAAGAAGGAGCCCAAGCCGAGCGGCGAUAUAAAGCAGCCUCGGACAGACGAGGACAACGAACGCGCAGCACAGCGAGAAAGUGUCGACGAAGCGGCGAGGAGUGACUUCCACGGCCAUUCUGACGCGACUUUCGGUCAGGGCGGGAGAGGAAUGGCGUCGGACCACGUUGAUUCAUUGGAUAGUAGCGACGAAGACUUGCGUCUUGCUUGUAGUGGCGUUGGGUCUUGUGAGCACCACCAUAGAGACGACUUGCCUGGCACACCCAGCGCUACUACGGACGUUGUCUCUCGGAGCCCCCUGUCCUGGGGAUAUAGUGGAGAUGAUGAAAACUCCUUAAUCGACAGCUCUACGCUAGGAAGCGGCGAGCUCCCCGUCGAAAAUGUUGUCCGAGAAGAGAGGGGGACUGUAUACGAGGCUCCACACGUCGAAGAUGAAGAUCAAAUGCCGUGA